GGACAGCUGGCCGUGACGCUGCGGGGCAGCAACAGCAGCAGCAGAUGUGUCCGCUGGCUAUUGUUGUUGUCUUUGUUUUAUUCCGCUGUGAUCGCCGCAGCUCGCGAAGCGGGUUCCGGGUCCAGUUCUGGGUGUGAGCCAAGCCCGCGCGUGCGGUUCACCGUCGAGAUGUCGUCGGCCGAACACGGAACCAUCAGUCAGCUCAAUAAGUUUGAGAAACUGUCGUGGAGGCCCCUCAGCCGCGACCCAGGCUCCAAGAAGCGGGCCCGGUGGCUCCAGGCUCGGCGCAUCUUUUCCCCUUCCUGCCCCAACCUGCGGAUCCCCAACAGGUUUCUGAGAGAAGGACAUUGCGUGCCCCCGGCCCGAAGCGGACACCGCUGUGUAGCAGACAGCACUAACCUCUAUGUCUUUGGAGGCUACAACCCAGAUUUUGAGGAGGCAGGCGGGUCAGAGAAUGAAGACUACCCUCUUUUCAGGGAACUUUGGCGAUUUCAUUUUGCCACGGCCACCUGGCAACAAGUCCGGCCGGAGGGUUACAUGCCCACAGAGCUGGCCUCCAUGUCAGCUGUUUUCCAUGGCAACAACUUGCUUGUAUUUGGUGGCACUGGGAUUCCGUUUGGUGAAAACAAUGGGAAUGACGUCCAUGUUUGCAAUGUUCAGUACAAGAGAUGGAACCUGCUCAACUGCAGAGGGAAGAAACCCAACAAGGUCUACGGACAGGCCAUGGUCAUCAUUAAUGGCUACCUCUACGUGUUUGGCGGGACAACAGGCUACCUUUACAGUACCGACCUGCACAGGCUGGACCUGACCACUAGAGAGUGGACCCAGCUCAAACCCAACAAUGCACCGUCAGAUCUACCAGAGGAAAGGUACAGACACGAACUAGCGCAUGAUGGACAGAGAAUAUACAUUUUUGGAGGUGGGACUUCCUGGACAUCAUACCCACUGGAUAAGAUUCAUGCAUAUAACUUGGAGACAAAUUACUGGGAGGAAAUGGUCACCAAACCCCACGAAAGAAUAGGAUUUCCUGCUGCUCGCCGUUGCCACAGCUGUGUGCAGGUCAAAGACGAGGUGUUUAUAUGUGGGGGUUAUAACGGAGAGCUGAUCCUCUCUGACCUGUGGAAAAUCAACCUGCAGACGUUUCAGUGGACCAAGCUGCCUGCGGCAAUGCCAGAACCGGCCUAUUUUCACUGUGCUGCAGUCACUCCGGCGGGCUGCAUGUAUGUGCACGGCGGUGUCGUCAACAUGUUCGGGAACAGAAGGUCCGGCUCUUUGUACAAAGUGUGGUUGGUGGUGCCCAGCCUGCUGGAGCUGAGCUGGGAGAACCUGCUGAAAAGGUUCCCUCACUUAGCUCAGCUGUCCACGCUUCAGCUGCUCGGCCUGGGACUGACGCACACGUUGGUCCAGCGGCUGAAAUGAACCCAGCACAGAGACAGCAGGAAGUAGCAUGUGAUGAAACGGCACUAAUUCAACAAAAAAAAAUCCCUCAUGACUAAAAAGAGACCGUCUGAUGUCAGAUGAUUCCAAAAAAAACUGAAUGCCUUUUUAACUUUAUUUUUAUGUAAAAGUGAGUUGUAAAAAAGAAAAGAAAAGUGCAACGUUAUUGCAGUUUCUUUGUGUUGGAUCAGGUUUUAUUUUGCAUGAAUCCAUCAGACGUCAAGCUUCUGUGUGGAUCACUUUCUCUCCCUCUGCACUCAAUGUUGGAUCAACAUUAUAGUGCUUUCUCGUGGUCAUUCAUUGAUUUUUUAAAUGUUUUUUACCAUACAUGUGUCGUAUGAGCAGGGUUAGUUACCAGGCAAAAUAAAUGUUGUUUCAAACAUUGCUGAUAUUAACCUAAAUUUCCAUGUAGUUAAUUAGACAUCAACCAGCUUAUCUGAAAAAAGCCACACAGCUGAUAAACAAUGGGCACGUUAUAGCU